CAGGUCGCGAGGCGCCCUUCGACCAGCAGCGCCCGGGGCGGGCGGGUAUAAAUGGAGCGGUGGCUCCCCCAGCCGCCUCUCUCCGCCCCGGGUCGCUGCUGCCUCCUCCGCAUUCAGGCUCAGCAGCCUGAAGAAAAAAAGAGAAAAAGAUAAAAAAAAAAGAAAGAACGCGAAAACACUUCAAAAUCUAAAAAAAGAGAAGGGAAGAGAAAAAGCGAAUCCUCGGAGAGCCCGCGGGGAAGUCACUUUUGCACGCUUCCGGCCUGCCCCGCGCCCGCCGGUCUCCGUCCGUCGGUCCGGUGGUGAGCCGCCCGCCGUCCGUGCCGUGUGGCAGCCCCGGCCCCACGGCCUGUCGGCGCCCUAGCCCCCCGCGCCGGACGCACCACGUGUCCGCGCUGCCCUUCGCCCGCCCGCCCGGGGCUUGCCGAGUAGGCACCCACAAGAUUUGGUUUCCCUCUUCCCUGGCUGUUGUAAUCUUAAACCGCCGGGAGCCCGAGGCCUAUAUUUAUAAAGAAACGCGUGUCCUGAAGGCCGCAGUGGGCAGCUUCUGGUUGCAGGAUUUUUAACCCUUCGGAAGGGAAUUCCCCAUUUUAAUUUUUUUUUUUUCUGUAAUUUGGAGCUUCGAACCAGGACAGCUGAAAAUCACAAACUCCUAGGGAGGGCCAUAUUGUUUUUGAGAGCCUUUUGUCUGAGGUGUUGCAGUCCCGAGCGAGCGAGCGAGCGAGCUGCCCCUGAACUCCUGUUUCCCGUCCAGUCUCCGAACCUGCCUACGCCAGCUCGGCUUCGCUUCGCUCUGUGCCACCUGUGAGCUGCGGCGCGGGCCACGGCUCUCAGAGGGGUCCCUUUUGUCCUGCGUUAGGCCCUGUAAGAAGUCCUCCUGGCGGGGCUCGGGGUGGUGGGGGGUGGGGAAAUGAACGCUGCGGCUAGCAGCUACCCCAUGGCCUCCCUGUACGUGGGCGACCUGCACUCGGACGUCACCGAGGCCAUGCUGUAUGAAAAGUUCAGCCCUGCGGGGCCUGUGCUGUCCAUCCGGGUAUGCCGCGAUAUGAUCACCCGCCGCUCCCUGGGUUAUGCCUACGUCAACUUCCAGCAGCCAGCUGACGCCGAACGGGCCUUGGACACCAUGAACUUUGAUGUGAUUAAGGGAAAGCCAAUCCGUAUCAUGUGGUCUCAGAGGGAUCCCUCUUUGAGAAAAUCUGGUGUGGGAAACGUCUUCAUCAAGAAUCUGGACAAAUCUAUAGAUAACAAGGCACUUUAUGAUACUUUCUCUGCUUUUGGAAACAUUCUAUCCUGCAAGGUGGUGUGUGAUGAGAACGGCUCUAAGGGUUAUGCCUUUGUCCACUUCGAGACCCAAGAGGCUGCCGACAAGGCCAUCGAGAAGAUGAACGGCAUGCUCCUCAAUGACCGCAAAGUGUUCGUGGGCAGAUUCAAGUCUCGCAAAGAACGGGAAGCUGAGCUUGGGGCCAAAGCCAAGGAAUUCACCAAUGUGUACAUCAAGAACUUUGGGGAAGAGGUAGAUGAUGAGAAUCUGAAAGAGCUAUUCAGCCAGUUUGGUAAGACCCUCAGUGUCAAGGUGAUGAGAGAUCCCAGUGGGAAAUCCAAAGGCUUCGGCUUUGUGAGUUAUGAGAAACAUGAGGAUGCCAAUAAGGCCGUGGAAGAGAUGAAUGGAAAAGAAAUCAGUGGUAAAGUCAUCUUUGUAGGCCGUGCACAGAAGAAAGUGGAACGACAGGCAGAGCUAAAACGGAAAUUUGAGCAGCUGAAACAGGAGAGAAUUAGUCGAUAUCAGGGGGUGAAUCUCUACAUUAAGAACUUGGAUGACACUAUUGAUGAUGAGAAAUUAAGGAAAGAGUUUUCUCCUUUUGGAUCAAUCACCAGUGCUAAGGUAAUGCUGGAAGAUGGAAGAAGCAAAGGAUUUGGCUUUGUUUGCUUUUCAUCUCCUGAAGAGGCAACCAAAGCAGUCACUGAGAUGAAUGGACGCAUUGUGGGCUCCAAGCCACUGUAUGUUGCCCUGGCCCAGAGGAAGGAAGAGAGAAAGGCUCACCUGACCAACCAGUAUAUGCAGCGGGUGGCUGGAAUGAGAGCACUGCCUGCUAAUGCCAUCUUAAAUCAGUUCCAGCCUGCAGCUGGUGGCUACUUUGUGCCAGCAGUCCCACAGGCUCAAGGAAGACCUCCAUAUUACACACCUAACCAGUUAGCCCAGAUGAGGCCUAAUCCACGCUGGCAGCAAGGUGGGAGACCUCAAGGCUUCCAAGGAAUGCCAAGUGCUAUACGCCAGUCUGGGCCUCGUCCAACUCUUCGCCAUCUGGCUCCAACUGGUAAUGCUCCGGCCUCUCGUGGCCUCCCUACUACCACUCAGAGAGUCGGGUCUGAGUGCCCGGACCGCUUGGCUAUGGACUUUGGUGGGGCUGGUGCCGCCCAGCAAGGGCUGACUGACAGCUGCCAGUCUGGAGGCGUUCCCACAGCUGUGCAGAACUUAGCACCUCGUGCUGCUGUUGCUGCUGCUGCCGCUGCUGCUGCUCCUCGGGCUGUUGCACCAUACAAAUAUGCCUCCAGUGUCCGCAGCCCUCAUCCUGCGAUACAGCCUCUGCAGGCACCCCAGCCUGCAGUUCAUGUGCAGGGUCAGGAGCCUCUGACUGCCUCCAUGCUGGCCGCAGCACCCCCCCAAGAACAGAAGCAGAUGCUGGGAGAACGUUUGUUCCCGCUCAUCCAAACAAUGCAUUCAAAUCUGGCUGGAAAGAUAACGGGAAUGCUGCUGGAAAUUGACAACUCUGAACUGCUGCACAUGCUGGAGUCCCCUGAGUCUCUCCGCUCCAAGGACAGAGUGCAGUGGCAUAACCAUAGCUCACUCCAACCUCAAAUUCCUGGGCUCAAGGGAUCUUCCUAUCUCUUCCUUCCUAAUAGCUGGGAUUACAGGAUGUUGAAACAGCUGUGGAUAGCAGGCCAAUUGUCCAUGGCCAACUCUGGCCCAAACAUCACUGGCUCCCAGUUCUUCCCAAUGUGUGACAAGACAGAUUGGCUGGAUGGCAAGCACGUGGUGUUUGGCGAGAUCACUGAGGGCCUGGAUGUCUUGCGGCAGAUUGAGGCCCAGGGCAGCAAGGACGGGAAGCCAAAGCAGAAGGUGAUCAUCGCUGACUGUGGGGAGUAUGUGUGAGAAGGCGCUUCCUGUGCUCCCCUCUCUUUGCUCUCGCCCCUGUGGGUCCAGGAGGGAGCUCCCAGCCUCAGCUGUUUGAAGUGGGCAGCGUUUGUGGUAUGACCCCUUCCUCGGGGUCGCUUUGGAGCAGCUCCUCUGCGGGCACAGGCUGGACUUUGUCCAGGUGCACCUGUGGGCCCAGAGCCAGCAUGGGGGCCACCCUCCCCACUUUGGGCAGGCUGUGCAUGGAUAUUGGCUUUUCCUGGCAUUUGCUGCUAGGUCCGUUCUGGGCACACCAGUUGGCACCUGGGAUGUUUUUGUUACUAAAAUAAAAUCCUAUUUCUUGUACUGCUACCUCUGGAUAGGUGCCGGAUGUUUGCAGAGGUUGCAGCUGGCACAGGCCAUAGCAUCUUCCCCAAGGUUACCUUUGCCCUGGAGGCCAAAUCAUUGAGGAUACAAAUUGUUAGUCCAUUACAGGGCAGCAGAAGUCAAAACCAUGUAAAAGUCCCCCCCUCCUCUA